CAGGGUGAAACUGAAAGACGUGAGAAGUGGAUGAUGGUGAUUGGGUGGAUUAGUGGGAGAUGCGUCCACGUCCACAACAACCAACAACGCGUCGCGUAAUGAAUGGCAUCUACUCUUGCUCCUGUUCGUGUACCAUCCCCUGCUCCCACACCAAGCAAAAAGGCUGCUGCAGCCUUGGCAUCUUUCUCCCUGGACUCGCCAGUCAAGCCAUCGAAAAAGGACACCUCGGAAGAGGACACCCUUCCCGUUAUUGAUGACCGGAAGCGUUCUGUCUCGCCGGACUCUGAGAACGCCGAAGCCCCGGAGCUUGAAGAUCAAGAUGAUCUCGAAGAGCUUCGCAAGAAGUUCGUCGGUGAAGUUGACCUCCCAGAAAGUCAGUGGCAUAAUUUCAUUUCGGAGAUGAACUUCAUCUUAACAAACCUUCCAACUCAGGCGAAGAGCCCCUGCUCAAAGCAAUCCAAGCGUCGCUUCGUUCUUUUUCCUAUUCAGUACCACGAGAUAUGGCAAAUGUACAAGAAAGCCGAGGCAUCCUUCUGGACCGCUGAGGAGAUGGACCUCUCAAAAGACAUCCAUGACUGGACCAACCGUCUUAAUGACGGCGAGCGUCAUUUCAUCUCACACGUCCUCGCCUUCUUUGCCGCAUCAGAUGGUAUUGUGAACGAAAACCUCGUCGAACGUUUCUCCAAUGAGGUUCAGGCUGCUGAGGCUCGGUGCUUCUACGGCUUCCAAAUCAUGAUGGAGAACAUUCACUCAGAAACCUACUCACUCCUCAUCGACACUUACAUCAAGGAUUCCGCCCAGCGCGAAUACCUUUUCGAUGCCGUAGAGACUAUCCCUUGUGUCAAGCGCAAGGCUGAUUGGGCACUCAAGUGGAUCUCUGACCAACGCUCCACCUUCGCUGAACGCUUGGUGGCAUUCGCUGCCGUCGAAGGCAUCUUCUUCUCUGGCUCCUUCGCGUCCAUCUUCUGGCUGAAGAAACGCGGUUUGAUGCCUGGUCUUACGUUCUCGAAUGAGCUCAUCAGUCGCGAUGAGGGUAUGCACACCGACUUUGCGUGCUUGCUCUUCAGCCACCUCAAGCGUCGGCCGCACCCUGACACUGUCAAGUGUAUCAUUACGCAGGCUGUUGUCAUCGAGCAGGAGUUCCUGACGGAUGCUCUACCUUGCGGCCUCAUUGGCAUGAACGCCAAGCUCAUGUGCCAGUAUAUUGAGUUCGUCGCAGAUCGCUUGCUGGUGUCGCUGGGCAACGAGAAAGUGUACAAUGCCACCAACCCCUUUGACUUCAUGGACAUGAUCUCGCUACAGGGCAAGACGAAUUUCUUCGAAAAGCGUGUAUCAGACUACUCAAAGGCGAAUGUCAACCACACCAACACCAAGACUGACCAGGCGGCAAGUAAACUUUUGUGA